UUGGUAAACACUCGAAACGUAUUUUCAGGAUCUCACACCCAAAAAAAUUACCAACUCACUCGCUCAACCACUGUCUCAGCCAUAGAACCACCGUCUCCGCCGAUAGAAUCUGUAUAAAUAUUUUUAGCCAAUGGGGAAAGGCGGAUCACUGAGCGAAGGCGUGGUUAAAAACAUCAUCCUCUCGUACACUUACGUAGCGAUAUGGAUCUUCCUAAGCUUCACCGUGAUCAUCUACAACAAAUACAUCCUCGACAAGAAGAUGUACAACUGGCCAUUCCCCAUCUCCCUCACCAUGAUCCACAUGUCCUUCUGCUCAACCCUAGCUUUCCUCCUCAUCAAGGUCCUCAACUUCGUCGAGCCUGUCUCAAUGUCACGCGACACUUACCUCAGAUCAGUCGUUCCUAUAGGCGCGUUGUACUCACUCUCCCUCUGGCUCUCCAACUCGGCCUACAUCUACCUCUCCGUCUCCUUCAUCCAGAUGCUCAAGGCCUUGAUGCCUGUCGCUGUUUACUCCAUCGGUGUCUUGUUUAAGAAGGAAGGUUUUAAGUCGGAGACAAUGGUUAACAUGUUGUCUAUCUCCUUCGGCGUCGCGAUCGCUGCUUACGGUGAAGCUAGGUUUGAUGUGUGGGGUGUGGUUCUCCAGCUAGGUGCGGUUGCGUUGGAAGCGACGCGUUUGGUAAUGAUUCAGAUAUUACUUGCGUCUAAAGGAAUCACGUUGAACCCUAUCACUUCUCUUUAUUACGUUGCACCUUGUUGUUUGGCUUUCUUGUUUGUACCUUGGAUUGUUGUGGAGUUUCCGGUUCUUAGAGACACUUCUAGCUUCCAUUUCGACUACCUCGUGUUCGGGACGAACUCGUUCUGUGCGUUUGCUUUGAAUCUUGCUGUUUUUCUUUUGGUCGGGAAAACGUCUGCUUUGACCAUGAAUGUUGCUGGUGUGGUUAAGGACUGGCUCUUGAUCGCCUUCUCAUGGUCGGUGAUUAAGGACACUGUGACUCCUAUUAAUCUUUUUGGUUACGGGAUUGCGUUCUUGGGCGUUGCUUAUUACAAUCACGCUAAGUUAAGAGCGUUGAAGGCUAAAGAGGCUCAGAAGAGUGCUCAGCAGAGUGAUGAAGAGAGUGGUCGACUUUUGGAAGAGAAGGAAGGCGGGAGGAAGAAUGAGCCAGAGGAUUAGUAAGGUGAAGAAAUUGGUUUGGUUUUGAUUUUUUUUUUCCUGCUUAAAUUGCAUUUUUGUUGGAAUAAGAGCUUGAAGGGUCUAUAGUAGAUGGAAGACAAAGUUUGGUUUAUGAUAGUGAGACUUAUGAAUGUCAAAUUGCCUUGAUGGAGAA